UCCCCUUUCCUUCACUUCAGUAGCUCACUUUCCUUCUCCUCAACCACCACCUGGCCUCUUCCCUACGUGCUCGCCGAUCGAUGGAGUGGACACCAAAGCAGCAGGCUCUCGGCGGCCUCGGCCUCGCCGGCGUCUGCCGGGAGACCUGCCAUGUGAUCCACCGCGCCAUGCUCCCCAACUUCGUCAACCUGGGUCCCCCGCUGCUCUCCGCGCUCUUGCUCGCCAGCUCCGCCGCCGUCCGCGCCCUCUGCUCCCGCGUCCUCGCGGACCUCCACGACCACGACGGCCCCAGCCUCCUCUGCCUCGUCACGGACCGGCUCGCCUUCUUCCUCUUCGUGGCCGUCUCCAUCGGCCUUGUCCUCCUGCUCCUGCUCCUCUGCGCCGCCGCCUACCUCUUCUGUGUCGUCUCCCUCUACUCCACCGGAGGCGACCUCCGCGCCGCCGAUCGCGUCCUCAGAGGGUUCCCCACGGUCCCGCUCACGCGGUUCGUCUGCACCUUCCUCCUCGCCGCGGUCCCCUUCUUCGUGAUCUGCACCUCCCUCUUCGUCGCCGCCUUGUUCCAGCCCCAGGAGCCGCUCGGCGCUGCGGACAAGAUCAUGCUGCCGCUGCAGCUGCUGGGAUGGGCCGCGUUCCUCGCCAGCGCGGCGUACGUCGCCGUGGUGUGCCAGCUGGCCUGCGUGGUGUCCCUGCUCGAGGACGCAGUGCUCUUCGGCGCCCUGCGCAAGAGCCGCGCGCUCGUCGUGGGCAAGUUCUGGGCGGCCGCCGGCGUCUUCGUCACGCUUGACGGCUGCAUCUUUGCCGUGCUGGUGGCUUUCCCCGUUCUGGUGGUGGACGAUGCGCUGGGCCUCGGCCUCGGGUUCCAGGUGGCCGCCGGGGUGGCGAUGGCAGUGGCUCUAUGCGCGGUGGUGCUGUUGACGCUGGUGGCGCAGCCGGUGGUCUACCUGGUGUGCAAGAACCACCACCACUUGGUCGUCGACAAGGUUCACCUCGACUGAGUACGAGCGGCCCUCCGUCACACGGGCGUUGAGCGGCUGCAGCCCGGCAAGACGGAGCAGAUUCCAGUAACUCUGACUAGCUAGCUGCAUCCUGUCCACGACUCCAUGGUAGCAACUUGAAGAAGAUUUGCUCAAGUAGUACAGUAGCUUAGUAGUAUUCCCUCCGUUCACUUUUAUAAAUCGUUUCAGACAGCUGAAAAUGAACUGAUUUGCAUGUUGUCUGAAAUGUCUUCAAGGACUUAUAAAAGUGAACAGAGGGAGUAGUAGUAGUAAUAAGUUGCUGUAGUCCUAUGUUUAUGUCAACUGUCGUCGUGAGUUUAUGUCU